CUAUACAUUGCUUAAACCGAAAGCAAAAAAGACCGGUUAUUGAAGCUGUUUGAUUUUGAGGUUAGUUAAUGGGUUAAUACGACUUUUUGUUUAUCAAAACUUAAAUUUUACAUUUAACAGAUCCUGUUUUAAUUUUAAAUAAGUGUUGUGUUUUUGUAAUUUGAAUUUUUAAUUUAAGUUCAAAUCUCCACUAAUGGAAGACAAUAAAACCGAAGAUUUAUGGAAUCCCUACAAGGAGUUGCUUAAAGUAAUUAACAGAUAUGUUUGCGAUGGAGCAUCUAGUUUACCUUCAUCAGAAUUUGAGAAUGUUUUACGUCGACAUAAACAGAACUUUCUUUCUCUUUUACAAAAUCCUCCGAAGAGUCCAAAAAGUAGAGAAGAGCUCAAGAAGGGUAUGGUAGAAGGAAUUACAGUACGUGGAAUUGGGCAUCAGAUUCUUUCAAAAGAACUUUAUCAAGAAGCUAUAAUUUUAUCAGACAUGUACGAUUUAAACGAAUUUGUAGCACUAGAUCUCCUCUGCACUGCACAAAUACAGAUGACAUACUAUCCAGGUCUUCCAAGAGGCUUAGUAGCCAUUCUACUCUAUUAUGAUGGACGGAAAUGCCUUGUAUCUGCCCUAAGAAUAUUAGUUCAAGCUAGAAAAGGAAUACAAUGGACUGUCAGCAUGAAACCUGAUGUCCAAACCUUCAUAACAAAUUACACAGACCAGCUGUUGGAAAGUGGUUUAUUUGACAGAAUUUUCGAACUUAUAAGAACGCUAGAUUGGAGCAAAGAAUUGGAAAAGUUGCAGCAUAAUCUUGCUCUUGGAGGUCCGAAACAUAGACGGAUGGUAGUUGAUUUAUUCAACACUAUUCGACACAUCCUGGCAGAUAUUGUAUUUAUUUGGGCUGCUCAAACUGGGUUGCCUACUAAUGUAAUGUCUAAACUUAUUGGAUUGUUACAAGAACAGAAAAAUGAAGAUGAUGCAAGUGGAAAAAUAGACAGUGUAACGUUUUUAUUACAAAUGGGAUUUUUGGCUGCAAUUGAUCUCAGUGCUUUGCACAUCAGAGAAAAUGGAGAACAGUUCGUUCGUUCUCUGCCCGUACUGUCAGAUAAAAGUUUCCUAGAAAUGAUGAUAACGGAUCUGACGCCUAGCAAAAGAACUUGGGCAUGCCAAGGUUUGCAAGCUCUUUCUAUGUACGGGUUUUCGGUUACUUUAGCCUUAUUACGUCUUUUACCUCAGUGCCAAGAUUAUCAUUUUGCGAUAGAAUACGAGAAUAAUUUUAUCGAUGCUGCAAUGGAUUUAAAAGUUUUUGAAUUCUUAAACUACAUUUUUUUAGAGAAUGAUUUGCUAUACGAAGAAGAAUUUUUAUUGAAGCGAAUGCACAAUUUAAUUACUGAUUUUAUUGUUCUUAUGUAUUCAAAAGUCAAAGAAAUGAGAAUAAAAGCAGAUGAAACUGCCAGAACCGUCCAAGUUUACUUUAACGAGGGUCUAGAAGCUCCUGUUAAUUUGCCUCGUCAUUUCGAACAUUUACUACUGUCUAUUUCAAAGCUCUACAGCAAAGAUCCCCUCAAAUUGGAAUUGAUGAUUGAUUAUUGGUGUCCAUUAGAAAUAAAUCCAAAUUUGUCGUAUUCUUACCGUGCUCCACCUAGAUCUGUUUCACUUUUCAAGUUUCUGCGUUUAGCAGGUGAUAUGGUGCCGGCAAAUCUUUUCGUGCCAUAUUUAAAAAUGUUAAAAAGUCUGUCUAACUGCCAACAAGCUGCCAGACAUUGUUUUAACAUGUUAAAACAAUCAGGACAAGGUUACAAUAAUACAAUUUCUUGGGACCACUUCUUUAUAUCUUUUAAUCAGUAUUAUGGAAGUUUAAAACAAGAAGCUCCUCCUAUUAACGAUACUGUGUACAGAUCGCGUAUGUAUCACAAAGGGAUCACACCUCAAGAAGUUCAAGGGUUACAUGCUGUCCUUGAACUAAUACGUACUGUUGCUGAAAAGGACGAGUUUUCAAGAUUAGCUCUUUGCGAACAUCCAGGAUGGGCUCCUUUGACUAUUCUUUUGGGAUUGGUGGCUUGUUCUGUACCUUUAUCUUUAAAAGCAAACUUAUUGUAUGCUUUGGCUGCACUUUGUAAGUCUCAUGACAUCGCUUCUCAAAUGUGGAAUAACUUGGAGGACUCUCAGAUUUUGGUAACGAUUCCAUCAACUUCUAGUUACCAACCGCGAGGUAUUCAAACAGAAUUAGAAGAAGUCGAAGCACGAAAUGAAGAAUAUCCUCUUACUCGAGCAUUUCUCGAAUUUUUGGAUAUCCUUGUUGACUCGGGAAUACCACGUACAUUGGGUGCAGGUCCGAGAAAACCAGGAUUUGACCCUUACCUUACUUUUAUCAUAAAUUCCGUUUUUUUAAAGUUUCAUAAUCGUGCAUAUAAAGAUGAAAGUGAGAAAUGGAUGGUUGCAGCCGUGUGUUUGAAGUUGUUAGAAAAAUUUCUUAAACAUUAUGAACCUCAACAUUCUGAUUUUCCGAACACUACAAAGCAAAAUGAAUUUAAUUCACCGCCUGGAUUUCAUAUAAUGUUACAAAUGAAUAGUAAAACUGAAUUUUUAAACUUAAUACUGUUCAUUAUUGAUGAAGGAAGUUUGCUUUUGGAGCAAUACACUCCAUUUCCAGGGAAGGAAUUCCUUGCAAAAGCGAUACUCAGUUGUCUGAAUAUAAUAGAACGUUCACUAGUUUUACAACAUCAGUUUGUAAAUAUGGUUUUGUCAUCAUCUUGUCCUGUAUUACUUUCUCAUCUGAAUAAACUUCUACUCACAAUUAAUCCUCGUACAGGAAAACCAGACUACUGCAAUACUUUCGUGAAGUACAUUAAUUUGGUGGGUUCUUUCCCUAAUCACACACUUGCAAGUGCAAAAAUUUUACUUAAUCUUACUUCAUCACCUCUUGUGCAUUCUCAUCUCACUAAUAUAUUUUUAUCAACUGAAAAUCACGAAUUUAUCAGAGAUGCAUUUGUAGAAUGCUUAGAUGCUUCUUGCGAGUCUAAAGAGGAUGAACCAAUUUGCAACAGUAAAGAAUAUGUUUUAAAAAUAUUAAAACAAUGUUUACCAUAUAGCUCCCCAAAUCUUACUCACUUUUUACUCGGUUUCGACUUGAAGCGAGAUAUUUCUCAGACCUUAUUUCAAUUACCAGGUGUAUUAGAUUUCCCUAGAACAUGCAUUCACUCUUUAUUCAGUAUCUUACAUUCAGCCAUAUCAAAUGACUUUACAAUUGCGCUAAAACCAACUCUGCUAGAAUCUGCUUAUCAUUUGUUGUAUUUGCUUUGCUCGAAUUAUAAGACUUAUAAUCCUGUUUUACGAUUUUUGAGACUGAACCAGAAAUUUUUCAAGCAGCAUUUAAUAAUUUGCGCUGAGCGAGCUAACGAUGGCUUAACACAACUCAAUCAACUUUCUUGGCUUCUUAAAACUCUUGCCGUUGAGAUAAAAUUAACAUGUUGUAGCAAGCAAGUGUUUUAUUUAAAGGAAUUACUUAACUUAUUGUUAGGAAUAUCUGAAGAUGAUGAUUUAUUUCAUGAUUCGUAUAGUAUAGUUCAAAAAAGUUCUCAUAGAAUCGACGAAAUUUCCUCAAUGGCUUCAAAAAACGAAAAGAGAACCCUUUUAAUUGAUUUACUGAUGAAGUUUGAUUUUAAAAUUCAAGAAAUAAUAUCACCAAAAUGGGAAUGCUUCGAUAACAAUGUUUUGGAAACGUUAUUAAAUAGCUGUAGAACAGAAACUGCACCAAAAUUGAUUGAUUUAAAAAAGCUACAUCGCGUUUUAGUAGAUGAAGUGGCUGCUAUUCAAGGAAGUACAGCAGUAGGGCAGAAGCAUGCAAUUUUUCAAGAAAUUCAAAAAAUUCUUGUUCAUGCACUGAACUUGAACAAUUUGAGAACAACUGCUGCAGGUAUGAUAGAGUUUGUAGAUGGUUGGAGGCAAGUACUUGAAGUUAUCUGCAUUUAUUUACCAAGUGACAUUUUAUCUAUUUCACAACAACAAGUUCUGUGCAUAACAUUUUUGGAAAAAAUGUUGAAUAAAGUAGUUAACGAAGAGUUGUUGGUUGAAGUGGCUAUUCAUCUUUCUGGGGCCAUUUUACUGCUAUUAGAACAUUUACGAAGAUGCAAUGUUAGAGAAAAAAGAUAUAAGGAAUUAAAUAAAAAGAACGAAGAUCUUAUUUUUCAGCAUGAUGUUUUAAAAAGUAACAUUGUAUCAUUGCAAAAUAUAUUGGAACGCCUAUUAGAAUGGAUCACAAAUUCAGACGUUACAUCACAAAAAUUGAGAAUUAAUUUAUAUGGUUGUCUGGUAACAUUUUUGCAUUUGAUUAAUAUUAAAGAAGAACAAUCUGACGUGAAGGUGGAGAAUAGCACUUUUGUUAGUCGUUUGGACAGUUCCAAAGUAUCAAUAAAGGAUCAAGAAAUUCGUACAACGAUACCAAUUAAUCUUUUUUCUAUUUUUGGCGAAAAGCUUAUCGACCUUAUAUGUCAAGAUUGCACAGGUGGACACGACGUUUGCAAAAUGCUUUCCAUGGCCAGUUUCAGUAUUCUUAUAAAUUUAACGGGUAACAUAAAUUGGAUUAUGUAUAUGUCAGCUCGAGGUUAUAUAAAACACAUAAUAGAAAGUAUAUUAAAUUCUGAUGAUGAUUUGCGAGCUGUGUUAGAACCUGUUCCCCAAAAUCUGCGACCGCUGUACCUUUAUGAAUCUAAAAUGUCUUUGUUAAAUCGAAUAGCUACUACACAUAUGGGAUCUGAACUGUUACUAGAACAACGUUUGAUGUCUUGUUUGUGUAAUAUGAAAGUGUUUGAUUAUCAUCCAGAACUUGUACUUCAAGCUGAUGUACCUAAAGAUACUAUAGAAGAUUUCAUAUUACCAGUGGAAAUUCGAUAUUUCCAAUUGCUGUUUCCAGCUUUGAAUAUUUGUAAUGCUAUCCUCACAAGUCUGGGAACUAUUAAUAAAUCAGCAGCUUCCCAAAUAAUAUCAUUCCUAUUAAGCCAUGUUGAAAUAGUUGAAUUGGUAUUACGAGGUGGUACUCCAGUCCUUACUUUGGAAUUUUUAAAAGAAUUGGCGUACCUUACUUCUGUAAUUGCGAGAACUGCAACAAACGAACUACUUUUAAUAUUAGAAGAAGAUAAAACUGUUCAGGAUAGUCGAGUACAUUUACAUAAAAUCAAAAAAUUAAUGUUAGGUCUUAUACCGAAAUUCAUGAUGUCUGAAAGGACAGUUAAAGAACUCUCCACAUCCUCGGAAAGUGACCAUACUCACAAAAUAUCAGAAAGGCUUUUAUAUGCCCAACAAGUAACAUCUAAUUUGCUACUAUAUUCGCGAAACAUUAUUGGAAGUCAUGGUAUUGAACAUUCUAGCGUUGACGUUGUGUUUGCACCUUCCAUAACAACGAGUUUAAGUGUGUUUGGCGCUAAACAAGAUUUUGCUAAUUACACAGAUCAAAGCCCGAAUUUGGGAGUUGUAAUUCAAAUUUUAUUGAAUUCAGUAAACUAUUACCAUCAAGAAAAGGUGACCGUAGAUAAUCUUUCUAGAAGAUUGCGGGAAAUACCUGAAAUGAACAGUGUUGAUUUAAAAGAAUUUCAUGAUCAAAGUGAAACAUUCAAUAUUAAUAUUAUUAGAGAAACUGCUUAUGAUGCUAUAUCAAAGAAAUUACAAAAGAAGAAAAAGGAAAUAGAAUGCUGUUUGUUCACUAUUGAGAAUUCUUUGUACCUAAUUUGGACUCACCUGGAAUUUUACAUGUUGAAAGCUAUUCCCAAAUCGAAAUUUGUUAGUCUCGUGGAUACAGAAAAGAAUUUUGCGAUGGAUACAACGCUUUCGUCUGCUGCGGAUGCUACUUGGAAGUGUAGCCUGGAAGACAUAAGUUCUUUGAAACACAAUUUGUAUUCAGUGCUAAACGAUAGCUUCUGCAGGCAGCUUUUAGAUACAGCUCAGGAGAGUUCUGAAUUGGACAAAAGUUUUCUGGAAGUGCUACUCAGAAAGAUAAAAAGAUUAAUUCAAUUCGUACCGGUAAAAUAACUUUUUUUUAAAUUUUUAAAACCAAACCUUUAUUGUUAAUUAAACAGUGUACAUAUACAUUUUUGU